AUCAGUGUUUGUGAAACCGAUACAUUUUACACUUGCGUGUACACAUUGAAAGGAGAGUAGACAGAAACCAUGUCGUAUCCAGGGAAUAAAGAUACUAAAGGAAGCUUGGAAAAAGACAACAAAACAUCCCAGACGACAGGUCCUAGUGUGAACCUUACAGAAACAGAUGGGUAUUUCUGCAGCAGUUCUUUCUCUAUGGACCCUGCGGAGGAGUAUAAGAUGAACCACAAGCGGCGAGGCCUGGCUCUCAUCUUCAACCAGGAGCACUUCUACUGGCAUCUGAGGAUGCCCCCCCGCAACGGGACCAAUGCUGACCGCUCCAAUCUGGUCAAAAGAUUUGAGGACUUGAACUUUGAAGUGCAGGCCUUUGAUAAUCUGAAGGUGGAGGAAGUUCUGGAUCAAAUCAGUCAGGCGGCUGAGGCCAACCAUGCUGAUGCAGACUGCUUCGUGUGCGUCUUUCUGAGCCACGGAGAGAACGACCACGUCUAUGCUUACGACGACAAGAUCGCUAUCCAGGACAUCACUGCCCUGUUCAAAGGAGACAAGUGUAAGAGCCUGGUGGGCAAGCCCAAGAUCUUCAUACUACAGGCGUGCCGUGGGGACAAGCAUGACGAUCCAGUGACCCCCAUGGACGUGGUGGACAGCGAAGUGAAGACCAACGAGGUGGUGGUGGACGCUGGGGUGGUCUACACCCUCCCUGCUGGCGCUGACUUCAUCAUGUGUUACUCUGUGGCUGAAGAUCUGACUGCCAUACUUGUUCCCGGUGUCCCUGUGCAGGCUACUAUUCCCACCGCGAGACGAUCAACGGCUCCUGGUACAUCCAGGACCUGUGUGGGGCCAUGCGGAAGUUCGGAGAUUCCCUGGAGUUCACGGAGCUCCUGACCCUGGUCAACAGGAAGGUGUCCAUGAGGAGCGUCGGGAAUUGUAACGACAAGACCGCCAUCGGGAAGAAACAGGUCCCCUGCUUCGCAUCCAUGCUCACCAGGAAGCUCUACUUCCGACCGAAGAAGCAGUAAGGUCUCCAUCCACUGGGCAGCUACUACGUCAUUCCUGAAUCCUGCUGUAGUUGUUUUGAAUGUUUUUUGGGGAGAAAGUUUGUCCUUGACUAUAAUGUCUGGUGGUUCUUUUUGUUAAAAGUUUGUCUACAUUAUUUAGAUGUUAGUCUUGAGAACCAUGAAUUACACUUCAUCAAGCUGUGCAUAUUCCCUUUAUUCUAAUCUUUCCUAUGAAACCAAAUGGAGAUCAUGUCAUUGGCUGAUGAUUGUGUAUGCAGUGUUAUUUUAACACACAUUCUGUGGUGGCAAAACUGACCUAAAACAAAGCAUGGUACUAUACUGGUGAAACCUGCUUGGCUGCUCGGCUUCAGGCUUUCCCUGUUGGUGUUGACAGAGGUCAUGGAAUGUACCCGCAGGGCAGGUAAGAGUGACAUGAGAAUGAUAAUUGAGCAUUAAAAUUUCAAAUGACUUUAUUCUCAGUCUGUUUGUGGAUAGCUGUUUGUUAAGAGGGGAUUCUCAGUCAGUAAAGGAUUUUGCAUCUCCAGUCCCUUAAGGCCUUUCUCGAGAGAAUACUGCUAAUUCUUAGCAUUGACUUGUGGUUCCCUGGGCUUGAUUUGUUUACAUCAACUAUCUGUGUCAAAUAUACAAAGACAUGUGCACGUUGUUUGAAGGAGGAUGUGGCUCUGGGGUUAAAUCCCUACCUUGCAUCCAAAAGGUGUGGCUUUGAUCCUUAUCUCUUGUGCAAGAUUGUUGGACAAAGACAGUUGCACAUAGGAAGAAAAGUGCCGAUUGGGGUAAAGAGUGGGUGGCUCUGGGGUUGAACGCCUUCCUUGCAACCAAGAGGAUGUGGGUUCAUACCAUAUCAAUACCGUCCAGCACGGUGUUUCCUCCGACACAUGGGUGCGGCUGGCUCCCGGGUUGGAGGCGCGCUGUGUGAAGAAGCAGUGCGGCUUGGUUGGGUUGUGUUUCGGAGGACGCAUGGCUUUCGACCUUCAUCUCUCCCAAACCUGUACGGGAGUUGUAGCGAUGAGACAAGAUAGUAAUUAGUAACAAUUGGAUACCACGAUAUUAGGGAGAAAAGGGGGUAAAAAAUAAAUAUGUUGCCUCCCCACUUGUUCUGUCAAAAAGGGAAUUUGUGUUAUUUCUCUUUGUACUUGGAUGUGCUUAGCCUUUACAACUCAAAUGUAGUUUUACAUGUUUUGAAAGCGGCAGGCUAAACGUGAACAAACAACUCCAAAGUGGAAAGUACCUCUGGGAGUCAAGUGUCUAGUGUUUCAAAGACUAAGUAAAUACUGCACGUUUGGUCACAUGACCUGCUGUACUACUCUGACUCAGGAAAACCAGUCCUAUACAUGGUUUACUGCCACUAUGGUGCCUUUGUUUGGUCACAUGACCUACUGUACUACUCUGACUCAGGAAAACCAGUCCUAUACAUGGUUUACUGCCACUAUGGUGCCUUUGUUUGGUCACAUGACCUACUGUACUACUCUGACUCAGGAAAACCAGUCCUAUACAUGGUUUACUGCCACUAUGGUGCCUUUGUUUGUUCACAUGACCUACUGUACUACUCUGACUCAGGAAAACCAGUCCUAUACAUGGUUUACUGCCUCUAUGGUGCCUUUGUUUGGUCACAUGACCUACUGUACUACUCUGACUCAGGAAAACCAGUCCUAUACAUGGUAUGGUGCCUUUGUUUGGUCAUUCAAAUCAAUGGCCUUUUAAUGAACUAUAAAAAAAAAUCCAGCUUUUUACCAUUGUUCUUUAUUGAGGGUAUUUGACAACUGUUUUCAACUUAAGAUAAGAUCACUUUAUUGGUCAAUUACACCCCCCCACAUUCCAUCUGGGCUGGGAUUGGAAACCCUCCGGUUGCUGGCUCGCAUCUCUAACCACUUGGCUACCUGCCGCUCCAAUACUGAACAACUUUAACACUACCAAUCUUUUUUGUACACCACAUGACUACAGACAUAUUCUUCAGCCAGAAAAUAUGCGCAAGUGUGCAUUAUAUAACUCAGAUAAGACAACUCAGGGUACCAAUCAACAGACCAUCUCAUGUUUAAAAAAUAAAUAAUUGUUAGUCACCUGGGAGAUAUUUACUAAAGCAAUGACAAUGCAUGAGGUAUUACUCAUUUGUAUGUGAACCUGAGUGCUGGACACCAAUUCAUGUUUCUAUUUCUGAAUUGUUCAAGAAAAUGAGGACCAUUUUAGUCUCCAUGGGUGAAUAUAAGGAACCACUGCUUAGUAAGAGUAAUGUACUUGUCUUGUUUUGUGGUCCACCAGGGAAAUGUAUCUCUGACCUUUUGGGAGAUUGGGUUUGCACUAAUAGCAUUUGGAGAGGUGCGUGGGGCUCCUAUUGAGUUAGAAUCUCUCAUUUAUAAAAUGGCAGUUGUAAAACUGUUGAAAUAUGUUUGGGGUUUUGAUGAUUGAAACAAAAGUCUGAAUUGAGGUGCAAUAAAAUAUUGAAAUGUAA